CGGCCCGGGGCGGAAGUGUGGCCGGUUGCCAUGGCGGCGACGCUGGGCCGAGUGGGACGAGCGAGCCCAGAGCGGAGGCCCGGACGACCCGGCGAGGGCAGGAGGAGCGAGCGAGUGAGUGGCCCGUGGGGGAGGGAGGCCGCGGCGGCGGCCGGGAGGAAGGGGUCCCACGCCCCCCACCCUUCCGCCCGGCGGAGCGCGUGGGCCGCCCCAUGGGGACUCCCGGCCAGGAGUGAGCUGCAAGCUCAGCCCAGCUCCCCAGUAGCUCCUCCGUGACUGGGCCUGCCUGCCUGCGGGGAGGAGUCUCCAGUUGGCACUGCUCACCCCAGCACCAGCGCUGGAGAGAAGAAGAGGACGCACCAGCAGCGGACCUUGUCCUGGCAGGAGGCUUUGCGACAGCUGCAAGGGAAGUUGCCGGGGGAAAGGAGGAGAGGAAGGAGGGGCCCCCCCCCCACUGCCGGCUUCAAGAGGAUUGCAGCCCAUGUGAGAGCCAGCGAGCAGGCAGACCGAGCUCCUUGGAGGAGUUCCCUUCAUUCCCAAACAGCUGCUAGGUCUGGCUGGCGCUCGGGAGCCUCAUUAAGGCUGCUGCUGGCUUCUGGCUGAUCACAGAGAGAUCGGAGGUGCGGACAGGGGCAGCUCUCACGGCAGACACUCUUGCCAGCUGCCUGCUUGGAAUGGGUUGGCAGCUCCAGGAGACCAGCCCGUCUUUGCCACCAGACUCCGAGGCGGCUUUGCUUUGCCGGCAGCAGCCGCCACGAGGGGACUCUUAUCUGGGCAAUGAGGUCUGAACAGUAAUGAUUCUCCCCCAGAGCACACUUGGAAAUGUACCCUCUGCACUCUGAACGGGAGGCACCCAGAGGCUGAGAAGCCUUCACUCGCCAAGCUGGACAGAGGAUUAAGACGGCUAGUCGGGAGCGAAGGGCUUGGAUUUGCACUUGCGUUUUCUUCGCUGCGUCAGGAAGCAGCCUCGGACCCUCUGGCACUGACGGUGCCAUGGAGGCUGGAGCUCGGGAAAAGAGCUGGUGAAGCCCCCCCCCCCACUCCAAGGGUGGCCCCUGCGCUCUGCAGAGUAGAUGCCAGGACCUCUCUGGAGGUAGCAAAGGAGGCUGCUCCAGCUCCUGACCAUCUGUGGCUCCUUCCCCCUGUGUUUGCAUGGAACAUUGCUGGGAAAGGGGGAUGAGGGUGGAGGUGGGGUGCAAUCUGGGACGCAGUUGGAACUGCCUGCUCUCAGCCCCCCAGCUCCUUUGAGGCCCAGUUUGUUCGUCUGUUCAGGGGACUGUGACGGAUGCCGCUCCUUCGCACCCUCCCUUCUGAUGGGCUCAAAGCCGCCACAGCGCAGGAGUAAGGCGUCCUUGCCGCUUGGCCAGACUCUUCCAAACGUGUCCCGAGGAUGCCCACUGGGGGGCUGGAAUCCCGAAAGCGCACGUGCCUGGCCCCUGUUCCGGAUGCUCCUGGGACCCUCUGACGGUGCAGCGUAGGUGAGCGUUGGGAUCUUGAGCAGCCAUGGCGGACCACCUGGAGCUGCUGGCUGAGAUGUCCGCAGUGGGCCGGAUGGGCACCCAGGAGCGGCUGAAGCAUGCCCAGAAGCGCCGCACGCAGCAGCUGAAGAAGUGGGCCCAGUUUGAGAAGGAGGUGCAGGGCAAGCGGGCCAGAGUGGAGAAGAAGAAGAAGCACAAGCAGCCGCCGCAGCAGCAGGGGAGCAGCAGGGAGAGGCGGGUGGUCUUUCCGGCCAACGUCCGGCUGCUGGAGGCUGCCUGCCGCAAUGACGUGGAAGAAGUCCACCAGUUCCUUCAAAGUGGCCUCAGCCCCAAUUUGUACAAUGAAGAUGGCCUCACUGCGCUGCACCAGUGCUGCAUCGAUGACUACGGGGACAUUGUGGAGCUGCUGCUGGAAGCCGGGGCCGACGUCAACGCCUGCGACAGCGAGCUCUGGACCCCCCUGCACGCUGCCGCCACCUGCGGGCACCUGCAUUUGGUGGAGCUGCUGGUCAAAAGAGGUGCCAACCUGCUUGCUGUCAACUCCGAUGGGAACAUGCCCUACGACCUCUGUGAGGACAAUGCGACGCUGGACUACAUUGAAACGGCCAUGGCUGACCAAGGUAUAACUCAGGAGACGAUAGAGGAGGCGCGUUCAGCUGUGGAGCGCACCAUGGUGAAUGACAUCCACCGGCUGGUGAAGGAAGGUGUCGACCUGAAUACCCCACUGGACCACAGCGCUACCCUGCUGCACAUCGCCUCGGCGAAUGGCUACCUGGAGGCUGCUGAGUUGCUGCUGGAGCACAAGGCCAGCAUGAGCGCCAAGGACAAUGAUGGGUGGCAGCCGCUACACGCUGCUGCCUGCUGGGGCCAGAUUCAUCUGGUGGAGCUCCUGGUGGCUCAUGGAGCAGAUCUCAAUGGGAAGUCAGUGCUGGAUGAGACCCCACUAGACGUGUGCGCAGACGAAGAGGUCCGGGCCAAACUGCUGGAGCUGAAGCACAAGCACGAUGCCAUCAUGAAGUUGCACGACAAGCACAAGUCACUGCUCCAGCGCCGAACCUCCAGUGCUGGCAGCCGAGGGAAAGUGGUGCGACGGGUGAGCGUGACGGAGCGCACCAACCUCUACCGCAAGGAGCACGAGAAGGAAGCCAUUGUCUGGCAGCAGGCGGAGCAGCGCGAGAGCGAGGGGGAAGCCGAGGACGAGGACCGGCAGACGGACGCCGAGCUGCAGGGCCGCACCGAGGCGCAGGAGCCGGGGGCAGCAGCGGAGGCCGAGGCGGUGGCGGAGGCGGCGGCAGGGCCAGGGGCGGCAGCGGAGGAGGCCUCCCAGCGCAACGGCACAGCCCACCCCAAGCACCUGUACUCCAAGCGGGACCGCAGCUCCUCCUACCAGCUCUCGGCGCCGGACGAGCUCAGCCUCAGCAAGGAGAAGGCCCGGCACACGCUGGCCGACCUGAAGCGCCAGCGGGCGGCCGCCAAGCUGCAGAGGCCCCUCCCGGAGGACUUCCCGCUGGGGCCGGGCGAGGCCCUCGGCCCGGACUUGGAACACAACUCGGUGUAUUUCACGGCUGCCAGCGGGGACCCCCCGCUCCUGAAGCUGACGGCUCCCGCGGACGAGACUCCGGCCGAGAAGAAGCCCUGCUGCAAGGUGAUGUGAGCCUGGAGGACCGGCCGCCGGCUGGGGGCUCACUCCACCAGGGCCGGAGCGGCGGCCUGGCUUUCCCCGAGGGCAGAGGCCCCAGCCUCAGCCGGCUGCUCUUCAGGGGCCCCCGCUGAGGGGAGGCAGCGGGCGGGAGGCGCCACCCCGCUCACCGCAGUGUCUUGGUUGCUGGCCGCCCAGCGCCAGCUCCCUGCUCAUCUUCUGGGCACGGCCGUCUCCCGAGGCCCUGGCUCCGGGUCAGAAGACGGUGGCAAAACGGCUCUCUGGGCCUGAGGGGAGCGUCCCAGCCACUGCUCGGCUGCCCGUGCCGGUUUCAGAGGGAGUCUUGCGGGAGGGCAAGACGGGACCCCCCCCCCGUGCUUGGGGUUCAGACUGUAGCCUGGCCUGGCCUGGCCCCGUCCAGCCUGGGGUGUGGGGAGGGCUGCUGUGCCUUCGCCCCUUCGGGGAGCGAUGGAUGAUCCUUGCGGCUCAAGCGUGGCGGUGGAGGCUGGGGAGGGGCGGCUGGAGUGCCCCCUGCUCUCCGUGGUUGCGAGGGGCUGCCUUCUGGGGGGCUCCCCACUGCUCCAGAGCAAGCGGGAAGGGGAGGCUCAGCUGAGUCGGAAGUGACCCUCAGCCUGCAUGCCUGCCAUCUGCUUGGGAGCUGGGGCCAUCGGGGGGGGGGUUCUUCUUGGGCUUGGCACACCGAUGCCCGCCCCAAACCUCCCCAGCAGGUUCCACCCUGAAAUGGCUGGCUGGCUGGCUGCACUCCAUGGGUGUGGGGGGGAGGGUGCCCUCUUCUGGCAUGCCCUCCCCCAUGUCCUGGAGGGCAUGCUGGGAAGCAGAGUCCUCUGGAGGGAUCCCAGCUUAUUCCUUGAGAAAGGGCCCCUCGUGGGACUCGGCCGCUCCACACCGCAGCCAUUGCUGAGGACUUUCCCCAGGAAGUAGGAGCAGGCGUGGAGUUUCCUCUCUGCCUCCUGAGUGCAGAUGGAAGCCCUGGUGGGACUGGAGUGGGCUGUGCAGGGGGCGGGUGGGCGGGGGGUGGGCACAGACCCCUCUCCCCUCCCGCUGCUCCUCUCCAGCUUUGUGAUGCAGCAGCGGAUGCCCCCUCUCCCCCCCCAACCCUGACCAUGGGGGCCUCCACGGGCAGCCGAAGGCAUUGUCCAGGCUGCCUGGGCCCCAGCAACAGGGGGAGAAGCCACUGUGUCCCCAGCCUCUGGAAGUGGCUUCCCAUGGACUUUGGCCCCGCAGGGUGGGAGGCCCUGACAUGACCAGCUGGAGGCCAGCAGGGCUGCCUCUCGAGAAGUGCCCGCAGCAGCACAGGGGCCACGUUGUGGAGCAAGCCGCCCCCUUGGGAUGCCCGCUGGCUGCCUUGGAAGAGCCGCUGAGUCGUGUUGGCUUCCUCAGCCGGGUCGUGGUCUCUCUCUCUCUCUCUCCCUCCCUCCCGGGGGCUUUUCAGGCCCUGGAUUUUCUGUUCUCUUUUGCAUCACCCUUUUCUUAAAAUGUCGACAGUGCUUUUUCUAACGCCUUGUUUUUAUUCUUGACUCUUGACUCUGGUAAGGCAAUAAACUAGUGACUUGUCUCUCUAA